CGAUGUGACCCGCCCCCUGCUGUGAGGGCGGAAGGAUUUAAGCGACGCGAUGAUGACAGCCCGUUCACACCGACUGAUGUAAACACUACUUUUACAGAUAGUGACAGUGGACAGAUAUGAACCCUGACGUUGACUACGGAGCUUCCGGGACCAGCGGGAACGGAAAGUUGCGACAAUGGCUGAUUGAGCAGGUGGAUUGCGGGAAAUAUGCCGGUUUGGUGUGGGAGAACGACGAGAAAACCAUCUUUAGAAUACCGUGGAAACACGCCGGUAAACAGGACUACAACCGGGAUGAAGAUGCCGCGCUUUUCAGGGCCUGGGCGCUGUUUAAAGGCAAAUAUCAUGAGGGAAUCGAUAAGCCAGACCCGCCGACUUGGAAGACACGUCUACGCUGCGCGCUCAACAAGAGCAAUGACUUUGAGGAGCUUGUGGAGCGCAGCCAGCUGGACAUCUCAGACCCCUACAAAGUAUACCACAUCAUCCCAGAAGGGGCCAAGAAAAGGACCAGAGAAGAGGAUGGUCCUCUGAGUCCGAUGAGGUAUCCUUUGCACCCUGCUUACCCUCCCCUGCAGACUCAGAUGCCACAAUACAUCCCUUCUCCUGAAUAUGGCUGGAGAGACUUGAAUCAGGAGCAAGCCUCCUUACCAGAGCUCCCCUUCACUCAGUGCCCUUGUCCUCCCAGAAGCUUGACAUUGCCGGGCCCUCCCAUGGAUAACGGAUACCAGUUUAGAGCUUCAAUUUAUUCCUAUGCUCCUGCUGAUGCACAGCCCUCUCCAUUUAGCCUGGACGCCAGCAUCAGGUCAGCAGAGGUACUAUCAGAUGCACGCCUAUAUAUUGCUGUAUAUUUUCGGGACACUUUGGUGAGGGAAGUUACCACCUCCAGCCCAGAGGGGUGUCACAUCACCCCAGGAUUCCCAGAGGAUAAACACUAUGUGUUUCCUGGAGGCCAUGAUGUGGUGCCUUUGCCAAUGGACACCCUCUCAGCUCAGAAGAGAGCCGAGGAGCGUCCCCCAAGUCCAUUGUCCUCCUUUGAGAAAGGGGUGUUAUGUUGGAUGGCCCCAGAUGGACUAUAUGCUCGACGGCUGUGUGAGGGUAGAGUGUACUGGCAGGGAGGGCUGAUGCCCUAUGGAGAUAAGCCUAAAAAGCUUGAGCGAGACGUCAACUGUAAACUCCUUCACACACAGGAUUACCUCACAGAGAUCCAUGGUUACGGGCACCACAGCCGACAACUGCCUCGCUUCCAGGUUCUGCUGAGUUUUGGAGAUGAGUGUUGUGAUCCCCAGAGACAACGAGCAGCGCUCACUGUUGAGGUGGAGCCCAUGUUUGCCAGGAAGAUUUUUUUCUACUCCCAGCAAACCAGCGGACAUUUCUACCGCAGCUAUGAGCACUCAGGACUUAUGGAGCACUACCUCCAUAGGGCCAUCACACAGCAUCACAGCCUGCAGGAGUGACCUGAGCACUUAAGUAUAUGCAUCUUCCAACAAAGCGCCUUCACAGAAGAGCAGGCAAAGAUUUGUAUUCUAUGACGAUAUUCUCAGGACACACUUGUUUUGGGUGGCUUCAACUGUCACUGUGAUAAACAUUGUAGUGGAAAAAUACAGUGAGACCUCACCAUGUAAACAACCUUUAGGUCGAGACCAACCUAUGCUCUAACAAAAUAGAUGAUAAUGGUCACGUGAAUUUAGGCCUGGGCCGAUAAUCAAUGAGUGAAUUAAUCGAUGCUACAUGAAAAUGAACUCAAAAACUUCUGGAAAAAGUUGCUGCCUAACACUACCGAGCAUGCGCACUCAUGCGCAUCAA